AUUGUGGAUCAAAAUAAACUACAGAUUCAAGAUGGUACUAGCGGAAUUAAUAGGAGCUUUUAUCGUUAUUCUCAGCGUUGUGUACAUUUAUUAUAAAUAUGUGAUAUUUAGUUUUUGGCACAAGAGAGGUGUUUUUUAUAUUGAACCGGUUGUACCAACUGGAAAUGUAACACCUCUCGUAACUGGAAAAGCGCAAGUAGGCGUACACUUCCAGAAUGUCUACAUGAAAUAUAAAGAUCAUCGUGCUAUUGGAAUGUAUACAUUUUUUAAACCAAAUUUGCUAAUCGCUGAUCUCGAUCUUAUUCGGACGGUUCUGACAAAGGAAUUUAAGAGUUUUCAUGACCGUGGAAUGUUUUGCAAUGAAAAAGUUGACCCAUUAAGCGGCAAUUUGUUCCUUAUGCCUGGAAAAAGAUGGAGAAAUAUGCGCGUCAAAAUGACGCCUACAUUUACUUCAGGAAAAAUAAAGCAAAUGUUCUUUAUCCUGAAGGAAUGUAGUGAAGAACUUAUAAAACAUCUGGAAAGUAUCGCUCAAAUAAAAGAGCCUAUCGAAGUAAAAGAUACGUUUGCAAGGUAUACAACAGACAUAAUCAUGUCAGCGGCUUUUGGUAUCAAAUCUAAUUGCAUGGAGGAACCGAAUAAUGAAUAUCGGGUCCAAGGAAACAAAAUUUUUGAUAUAAAUUCAUUUAAGCUUGCCUGUACUAUGUUUGCACCGCAAAUUAUGGACUUCUUUUCUAUUCCUUACACGGCACCAUCUCUCGCAAAAUUUUAUAUGAAUAUGUUUCGAGAAACUGUGGAAUAUAGGCAAGCUCAUAAUAUCAUCAGACACGAUUUUGUGAAUUUGCUCAUACAACUGAUGGAAAGAGGCUAUGUUGAUUCUGAAGAUGAUGAGACUAGCAACGAAUCUGCAACCAUAAAUAAACUUACGAUUGAAGAAGCUACUGCACAAAGUUUUAUCUUCUUCGCAGCUGGCUUUGAAACCUCUGCAACGACGAUGACAUUUGCCAUGUACGAAUUGUCUCAACAUCAAGAUAUUCAGGAUAAACUUCGCAAAGAAAUCGAUGAAAUGUUAGCAAAACAUGGUGAUUUGACCUACGAGAUUGUGAACAAUAUGACAUACCUUCACAAAGUAAUAAGUGAGACUUUAAGGAAAUAUCCACCGCUUCCUGUUUUGAAUCGCAUCUGUACCCAGGAAACAGACCUACCGACAACAAACAUUCGCGUGUCAAAAGGAACAUUAAUAACUAUACCGCUGCUUGGAUUGCAUCGAGAUCCGUCGAUAUAUCCAAACCCGGAUAAAUUUGAUCCUGAACGCUUCAACGCAGACAAAGUAAAAGAAAGACAUUCUUAUGCUUAUAUGCCAUUUGGGGAAGGACCACGAAACUGCAUUGGUGCACGAUUUGGCUACUUGCAAACAAAAGUUGGACUUGUCAGUAUUCUGUCGAAAUACAAAUUUGAACUUCAUUCUCGAACUUCAGUCCCACUUAUUUUUAAUGAAAGGUCUGUGACUCUCGCAGCAAAAAGUGGUGUAUAUCUUAUCAUCAAGCCACGAUAAAAUUGUAUCUUUAUUGCAUAUAAUUAAAAUAUUUUUUUUAAUUAUUUGAAAAAUACGAAGCAUAUGUAUAUCAAAGUAAGAUAUCGGAUAAUAGAACAUAUCUAAUUGAUUUAUUACA